AUGAAGACGGCACGGGAGAGAUUUUCGAAAACAUUGAGGUGCCCUCCAGCCCGGGUACUUCGCUGGGGUUCCUCAGCUUCCAGUGAGCAAUUAUUUCUGCUCUUGACGGUGAAAAUGGUUCAGGCACUACGGCAGUUUGGCAGCUUCGCUGACUCCGCAAAAGCCUUUACUGCUGCGAUGGCCGCUCACCCCCCACCAAGAAGGCUUGACGACGCAGCGGAAGGAGGAUCAGCACAAGCUCCUCCAGCAGACGAGAUCACACUCAGGGAAGUGCUCAGAAAGCUGCAAGAGGGUCCUGAGGCGGUCACCAUGCUGCUAGGGUGGGAUUAUUCGUGCUUGUCAGCACAACGCCUAAGCCAUCAGCCUCACCAAACCGAUCAGGUGGAGGUGUAUCUACAUCUGGACGACAAAAUCUCGGCAGCAGAUAGUUCUCCCCCGGCUCCCAACGAGGCUCUGCAGCUGCUGUACACACACGGAGUGCUGCUACGCGACGUAUUCUUGAAUAAGCAACAGCCGGACCAACAGCACCUUUUAGAGGAUCGGCUGUUUGGCCUCGAGUCUCUCUCGCGGCUUUUCAGCCACAACUUUGACUUGGGGGCAGCAGCAGCAGCAGCCCAGCGAAAGAUGCAGAAUGUCAAGGACGAGGAUCAGCCUAAUUUGCAGCGCGGCGAUGUGCCAGACGAAGCACACCUGCCUUUUCUGUGCAGCACGUCUACUCCUUCCGCUUGCAGGGAGCUGCUGCUAGAGAGCCUGGUGCAACACCAGCAUCCGGUCCUCAUAUCCCGAUACCUCUCGUCCCUUGCAGUGGAGGUGGUUACAUUUUCCAAUUUGAAGCCCUUCAUGCAGGUGGGCGUCCACUGCCCACGAGUUUCGACCAAAGGCCUUGCGCCGCAUCCAUGGGUGAUGCGCACGACCAAAAGCGCUGCACGUCGCAACGGCGGAGGUUGCCACCAAGUGGAGCAGCCACAACGGGGUUGCAGAACUGCUCUGGGCGGAAAUUCGUGUGCCUGUGCUGGGCAGGAAAAGAGUCUACAAACCGCCGACGACUUGCUCUCUCACUUCAAGGGGAACACUGGCACUUCGUGUGUCUCGGCAGUGUCUCUGGACACGAGAGGAAAGCUCACUGGGAGCCUUCCGAGACUAGAGGCUGUGCAGAGUGUCUUUACGUCUGCAGCAGGAAGAGCAGCUUCGGCAUCACGAACGGCGGGUGUGCAAGAUCCAAAUAUUCUGCUGCAGUGGCACCUCAGGUCCUCAGAGGGCCUCUACAAUCUCGCAGCAGACAAAGCGUGGCAGCAAAUGAAGACAGCCAGCUGUGAGGCAGCUGCAGCUCCAGAGCGUCAGAAAAACGUAGUCGUUGCUCUCCUAGACACGGGGUGUGGGCCCCACGAAGAUAUCGACGCCAUUCUUUGGACAAACAGUGCAGAGCAAUGCGACGACGGGCAAGACCACGACAACAACGGAUACAUCAACGACUGCAAGGGAUGGGAUUUUGUGGAAGACACCAACAACAUAGAGGACAUAUAUGGCCACGGAACGGCAGUGGCGGCUCUCAUCGCCGCAUCUUUCGACGCCAAGGGCGGAAGAGGCGUAUCCCCUGCCGGCCAAGUGAUGUGUCUGAGGGUAGGCGAUCAUCAAGGCGUUUUGCUCUCUCGGCAACUCAUGGCAAUGGACUAUGCUGUCCAGCAGGGCGCUCAGAUAUCCAUUCAUCCUCACAGCCUUGCGACGGAGAGCACAGUGUACCGGCAAGCCUUUGAGAAGUUUCUCUCUGCAAAUCAUCUAGCGAUCGUGGCCGCUGGAGAUGAGGGGUGUGACCUCGACUCGGAUGAAUGCAAGUCCUAUCCCGCAUCCUUCCGAUUUCCAAGCCCAUCGGGGAUGCUGGUGGUCGGCAGCAGCAGCUACGCGGGUGCCAAAACAAGGAGCAGCAACUACGGAAAGCAAACGGUGCAUCUGUUUGCUCCAGGCCAGCGGCUGUACACUGCAACGGUCGUUCAAGGAAAACCUCCCGGGCUCAAGUGCAAUACUUGUGAGGUAGUGGCGUCGAUAAACGGAGGUGACGAGACACUAGGCGACAUGUCUGUCGCCAUGAUGCGCGCUCCCCAGGCAUUCAGAGGCCCCUCAGCGUACAGCCACAAUCUCAGGGAUGCGCCGCUGAAGGGAGGCUUGACGAGCCAGCUUCCACAGGAGGUGCACCAGAAGCAACACUGGCUAUCACAGCAAGCUCAGCAAAAUGGGGUAGCCGAUUUUGAGAAGACGGGAGGCCUCCCCCAGACUCCUGAAAAGGGGAUGUUGGCACGAGACGGCUUGCAACCCCUCGCUGCAAAGACAGAGGCGCUGGAGUCUCCAAUCCUGGCAUUCAGUCCUGCAGGUUCUUGCGAAUCCAACGGCAUAGUGUCUCUGUAUAAGGCCCUUCUCUACACCGAAGAAGCGAAUCCCCCAGAAUUCGAGUCGCUCUAUGCGGACUACCCGACCAUCUUCCAGGGGCGUCUGCCCCCCUUCUAA